AUGGGCAAAAAAUCAAAGAAGAACAACAAGAAGCAACAACAAAAGGAAGAGACCAACAACAAUGUUGAUACUCAAAGUACCUCUGAGGAUGCAACUUCGGAACAAGAAGUACCACAAACAAAUGAAUCCAUUCUAGAUGAUUCAAGUAAGGCUUCCAAUGAGCCUGAAGAACAACCAGCAGUGCUGGAGCCUUCUUCUUCAGAAGCUACAACAACAGCAACAACAGAGGAAGAGAAGACUUCUCUGAACAAGGAUACCAGUGGAAGUGAAGUUCCACCACAAGACUCCACUCCGGUUGUGGAGCCAGUUAAAACAGAGGAAGUGGCUGACUCCCAAAAAGAAGCUUCAUCCGAAGAAAAUGGAAAGGAGAACCAAGAACCUCCUUCUGUGGCCAAAGAAGAAACUUCCACUACUGAAGAAACAGAAGAGAAGAAGGAAGAGCAAGCCUCACCUGUUGAACAAGUAAAAGAUGACGUCAAACCAGAAAGUGCAGCAGAGACCAAUCAGUCCGAAUUGGUAGUUUCCGAAGAAAAACAACAACCUGCAGAACAAACAGAACCCAUUCCUGUUGUGGCACCAAAACAGAAUGAGCCAAAAAUUGGCGAAGAGAGUUCAAGCUCGGUGGUCCACGAGCAGGAUCAUCAAACUCCACCACCAGAAACAGCUGAUGAGAACAUUGUUAAAGAUACUACACAACAACAAGUCACACCAAUUAAUGUUGAACCAGCAACAGAGGUCGCUGAGCAAGCAACCACUGUUGAGACAAAGAAGGAUGACAAUUCUGAGGUGCAAACUGAGUCUUUAAUUGAGACUAAAGUGGAACCACAAGAGGUCACACUAUCUCAAGAAUCCACUAAACCUGCCGAGCCAGUUGCUGUUGUGGAGGAAAUCAAACCUGUCGAGACCAAAGUUGAAGAAGCAACCACAGAAACUCAAGCUACCAAAGUUGUUGUUGCUGAAACCGUUAAAGUGGAGGAGCAAACAGUCGUUCAACCACCAGCCACAGAAGAGAAUAAGGUCGAGGAACACAAAGCUAAGGAAGAACCAAAGCAAGAGGUGCCUCUUGUUGAGGAAGUCUCCAAAGAAGCAAAUAAUACUGAAGUUUCUAAGCCUGUGGAGCAAGAAAAGACUCAACCAAUAGAAGAGAAACCAACUGAAGUUAAGACUCAAGAAGAAUCACAAAAUCAAAUUGUGAUGGAAGAGAAAAGCCAAACAGCAGCCGAAAAUUCGACCAAUGAAACAGAAGCUGCUAAACCUGCUGAAGAAACCAAGACAGAAGUCAAAGAAGAGGUUAAGCAGGUGGAAGAAUCAAAUGGAGAGGUCAAGCAUCAACCUGUCGAUACCGAUGCAAAGAAACCUGAUGAAAAGAAAAAGAAGUGUAUCGUCAUGUAA